GCACCCAAACCACUGGGAGUGGCCACUGAAGAUGAGCUGGUUGGAGAGUUCCUGCAGGAGCAGAAUGCCCCUUUAUUGUCCCGUGCACCCCAGACCUUUAAGAUGGAUGACCUGUUGGCUGAGAUGCAAGAGAUUGAGCAGUCAAGCUUCCGACAGGCCCCUCAGAGAGCUCCAGGUGUGGCAGCUCUGGCACUGUCUGAAAACUGGACCCAGGAAUUCUUGGCUGCAGCAGAUAGUGCUGGUGAUGUCUCCUCAGAUUACAAUGAGGCUGACUGGUCGCAGGAGUUCAUUGCUGAAGUGACAGAUCCGCUCUCUGUGUCUCCUGCUAAGUGGGCAGAAGAAUACCUAGAGCAGUCAGAGGAGAAACUGUGGCUUGGGGAAUCAGAAGACCAGUCUUUGGCAGAUAAAUGGUAUGAGGAAUAUCAACCUGAGGAUGAUCUUAAGAAAACCGUUAGUGAUUUCCUGUCUAAAGUGGAUGAUCCAAAACUCAAGAAUUCUGAGUUCCUAAAGUUUGUCCGCCAGAUCGGAGAUGGGAGGGUAUCGAUCGAAGCUAAUCAGGUGACCCACAGAGACCAAGAUCAGGCAGAGCAAUGGGCAGCUGAGUUUAUACAGCAGCAGGGGGCAUCUGAUGCCUGGGUGGAUCAAUUUGCGCGAUCUGGGAACAUGUCAACUCUUGAUACGGAAUUUGAGCAGGCAAAGACUGCUGUGGAGUCAGAUGUGGACUUCUGGGACAAACUCCAGGCAGAAUGGGAGGAGAUGGCUAAGAGAGAUGCAGAGGUUCACCCUUGGCUCUCUGAGUAUGAAGACAUCAGCUCCUCAUCAUAUGACAAGGGUUACCAGUUUGAGGAAGAUAAUCCCAUGAGAGAUCACCCAGAUGCAUUUGAAGAGGGGCGGAAGCGUUUGGAGGAAGGUGACCUCCCCAAUGCUGUCUUGCUCUUCGAGGCUGCGGUGCAACAGAAGCCAGAUCAUAUGGAGGCCUGGCAAUAUCUGGGAACCACCCAAGCAGAGAAUGAACAGGAGCUUUUGGCAAUCAGUGCCCUCAGACAGUGCUUGGAACUGCAGCCUGGGAACCUCACAGCACUUAUGGCUUUAGCAGUCAGCUUCACCAACGAGUCCUUGCAGAAGCAGGCAUGUGAGACCCUACGGGACUGGCUACGGUAUAAACCGGACUAUGCCCACUUACUGGAGAACGAGGCGGAGGAGAGUGUCUCAGGGACCAACCUGGGGCCUUCCAAGCGUGUCCUAGGUUCCCUGCUGUCUGACUCGCUGUUCAUGGAGGUGAAGGAGCUGUUCUUAGCAGCUGUGCGCAGCAACCCCUCAGCUGUGGAUCCUGAUGUUCAGUGUGGCCUGGGUGUCCUUUUCAACCUUAGUGGUGAAUACGAGAAGGCUGUGGAUUGCUUCAGUGCAGCACUCAGUGUGCGCCCCAAUGACCACCUUUUAUGGAACAAGCUGGGUGCCACCCUGGCCAAUGGGAAUCGGAGUGAGGAAGCGGUGGCUGCAUAUCGUCGGGCACUGGAGCUCCAGCCAGGAUACAUCCGCUCUCGCUACAACUUGGGCAUCAGUUGCAUCAACUUAGGCGCCCACCGCGAGGCUGUGGAGCACUUCUUAGAGGCUUUGCACAUGCAGCAGAAGAGCCGAGGUCCGCGAGGGCAGCAAGGCGCUAUGUCUGACAACAUCUGGAGCACGCUCCGCAUGGCCCUCUCCAUGCUGGGGCAGAGUGACCUGUAUGGGGCAGCUGAUGCCCGUGAUCUUCCCACACUGCUUCAGGCAUUUGGCCUCCAGCAGUGACUCUGGGAUAGGCUCCCCUGCAACUGCAGGGUUGGCCCAGCCCAGCAGUGACCUUCCUGAGAGAGAAAAUGUUCACUAGGGUUCACACAUCUCUUUGCUCUGGCAGGGCAGAUCACUGACAAC